AUGUUUGCAGGACAGCCUCUGUGGGUGCCACUGGCGACGCACGUCCCGGUGUUUGUGGAACGCUUUACUGCUUUCAAGCAGGCGUCGCCGCACACGCAGCAGAUCCUGGAUGCCCUCAAGUACCGCCCGGAGGAUACCCGUGUGCUACUCGCGCCAGAUGCGCGGGUGAAGGGGCGUCAAGUGACGUAUGCGAUGGCGUUUCCUCUCACCGUCACGGCUGCCGCGUGUGAGGCACAGGGCGGGGGCAUGAUGGGAGCUGGGGCGUUCACCUCCCUCCUAGACUCGACCACAUCUGUGCACGUCAUGGAGCGCCUUUCACCCUCCAAUGAUGCCCACGUCUCGGUGAAUAUGCAGUCGAAAUGUCUGCGUCCCAUCCGACUCGGCGACACGUUGACGCUGAUUAGUCGCGUGGAGAAGAUGGGGGCCCGAGUCGCAUUCAUGUCAGCUGAGUUGUUACGUGACAGGCCUAGUGGCAACGCGCCUCCGGGGGAGGAGGAGGAGCCGCCGGCAACCUCCAUAGAAGAGAUGGAGCAUUUUCUCCGACGUUUUGAGCGUCUCGCCUAUGGAAGACACGUGAAGUGCCUCCUUCGCUCCAAAUAA